CUCACCACCACACCCUCCGCACCACGCUCAGCCGCUGCCUCUCACGGCGCACCCUGCGCGCACUCGCCGCGCCAUGCCGCCCAAGCCCGACGCCGACGCCGCCAUGAGCGACGUCAAGCCCGCACAGGCCAGCGGCAGCAGCAGCGGCAUCAAGAAGCGCAGUGCCUCGCCGCCCGCCGCUGCCGCCGCCGCAGCGCCGACGGGCUACCGCGACAUUCCGCUGCUGUCGUGCAAGCCUGCCUUCCUGCAGAGCAAGACGCAUCUGCUCAAGUUUGCCUCUUCGUUCCCCGUCGAUCCGCGUGCCGCGCCCUUCGUGCAGCCGCUCAAGCUCAACCGCAAGGGCGCGCCGAAGCUCAAGGCGCCCAACCCCAAGCCAGGAGAUCCCGUGCUGGAUCGCUACGGCAACCCACUCGUCAUCAUGGCGCCGGACCCGAACGACCUGCUCGGCAAGGAGAAGGCCGUGCCCGUAAAGUGGCCCAAGGACGACGAGGAGAUCCGCGCGCUCGAGGAGCUGCUGGCAAAGACGAAGCAGGAGAAAGGGCCCUCGGCGGACGCCUCGCUCAUCGCGCCGACGCUCUCCAACGUGUCGCAGCGCAACAAGGCGCGGCUGUUCCAGAAGCGCGUCAAGGAGGUGCACAAGGCCUCUGCGGUGGCACGGCGCACCUGGAACGACGAGCGGCUGCCGUGGGUGCUGGAGGACUUUGACACGCCGCGCGAGUGGACGUCGGCGCGCAGUGCGCCGCCCAGCGGCAUCAAUGCGCUGCAGGAGGCGCUCGAGGCGAGAAGCAAAGGGCUGCCCUCGGUGCUGGACGUGAAGCCAGAGGAGCUCGUCAAGGAGGAGAAGAUGGAGGAGGGCAGUCAGAUGGCUGCUGCGGCACGCAAGAAGGACGCAAACCAUGCGCCGUGGAUCGGCAAGCUGGAGGGCGACGCAGACGACGGAGAGAACCACGUGCUCUUCGUCUUUGACGCCGAGGGCGACGGCGGCUUCCGCGUCGUGCCGGUGACGAAGAGCUACCGCUUCCUGCAGAAGCCGAAGCACGCAAACGCCAUCAGCUGGGAGGAGGCAGAGAAGGAGUUCGAGAAGCAUCAGAAGGCUCGCUCCGACGGCGCCUCGCGCUGGAUGAUGCGUGCGCGCGGCGAUGAUCCCAUUGGCCUUGCAGGGCCCUCGAGCGCCGGCAGCAGCAGAGCAGGCGCCGGGCAGCGCGUCAAGAAGGAGGAGGGCGACGAGGAGUUUGCCGCCGUGCCCGAGUGGAAGCAUCUGGCGCUGCCGGGCGCGUUCAACAACCUCGGCGGACGCGCUCGCGGACAGCCGCUGCCCGUCGACGGCGCGCCGAGAGAUCGUGGCAGGAGAGGGCGGGACCAGGACGAGGGCACGUACGGCGAGGUCGACUUUGAGGAAGAGAUGGCCGACGACGACGACCACAACGAGGGCGAAGAGUACGACCUCGGCGACGCCGACACGCACGAGCUGGCCGAACGCAUGAAGAAGGAGAUGGCGCGGGCGGAGCAAGCAUCGGACGACGAGGAGGAUGAUCUCUUCGGGCCGGAGCCAGGAAGACGCACGGACGACCAGCUGACAGGCUCGGGGAGACAGAUGCAAAAGAUCGUGCGGGCGCUGGCGCGCAACCAGGGCAACGAGGCGUACGAGGAAGACGUCAAUCCCUACCUCAGCGACGACUCGGACACGGAGGACACGGCGAUUGCCAAUCCGGAGCGAGCGCUGCAGCAGGUGCGCGAGGAGAAGGAGCGCGAGGAGCGCGAGCGGCUCAAGAAUGGCGGCAAGAAGCUGGAGGAGGAGCAGGCUGCUGCUGCUGCUGCUGCAGCGGAGAAGGAGAAGGAAGCAGCCGCGGCAGCUGCAGCUGCAGCACGACGCAGUGGCGCAUCGACACCCGUGGGCCGACAUGAGAAACAUGCCAGUGCGGCGCCGCAUGCUGCUGCACGCGCAGCACAGACGGCACGACAGGCUUCGGCGCCCGGUGCAGCAGGAGGCGGCACGCAUCGUCCGGGCGCGGGACAUGCGAAUGUGGCGCAGCGAGCUACGUCGCCGUUCGCGCGGCCUGCGGGCGGCAAGAGCAGGAACGCAAGCCGCAGUGGCAGUCCGACGGCCAGCCAGGGCAGCCGUGCCACGAGUCCGAUGGCUUCCAGUGCAGGCGCAGCGGCUGCUGGAGCGGCAGCGCCGAGCUCGCCGAGCGGCUCGAAGAAGCGCAAGAGCGAGGCGCCGGGCGGCGGCCAGCAUGUGCCCUCCUCGAGCGGCUCGGGCAACAACGACGGCAGCAAGCGAGCACGCACCGCCACGGCCGGCUCCACUUCGCGCGCCUCGCCCAUGGCGUCGCCCUCCGGCUCGCGCGCCUCUUCUCCCGGCGUCGCCGGCGAGGGUGGCGCCGCAGCAGCAGCACGACGCAGCAACGCGCCCAUGUCGGACAUUGAGCGGCACGUCAUGGAGGUCAUGGAGCGCAAUCCGCAGGUGACGAGCACGAUGGAGAUUGCAAAGAUGUUCAAGAAGACCAUCAAGGCCGAGCCGGAGAACAAGGCGGCCUAUCUCGCCGCCAUCACGCGCUACUGGCGACGCUUUGCGCCGCCGGAGAGGGCGCCGGAGGGCAGUGCGGGCGCCGCAAAGACGGAGGGCACGUAGAUGGGCGGGCGGAGA